CACGUUUACAAAGAAAUUUGGAAGCCCAUCGUCGGGGAACUUUUGAGAUGUUCUCACGAACGAAACAAUAUCUACGAUCGUUACGCAAUCGCAGCUAACAAACGGCUCCGUGGUCGCCUGGCCGAUUCGAUUAUAGGCCAUUUGCCCAUAGAGAUUUCUAGAGCCACUCGCUUUUUCUUAUUGAGAGGUGGGAUGGUUUAUCUUAAAGUUACUGAUGAAAACUAUCAUCGAUCCCCAUUGAUUGAGGGAGGUCUGGAAAUUCCUGUUGAGGUGAUAUGUGAAAUGGACGAUACACCAAGGAACACGGCAAUAAUGGAAAGAUACAAGACACUCGUAACUAAACACUACAAGGAGCCGGGACAGGAUGGUCAAUUUGACGACUGUACAAAGGAUGUUUUGGAGGAACUGUGCGAAGAUGAUUACUCAGAUGCCGAAGAAGAACUUGAGGCGAAUCUUGACACUGAUUAA